AUGUUCCUAGACUUCGCCACCUCGGCGGACAUGCAGCCAGAGCCCCAAUACGCCAUUUACACCCAAGAUACCUGGCACGAAACUCUCAAGUUGGCUGAACGCUCUCCUUUUUUCACAAAGACUGCUCGCGGCGAUGUCCAUCAGCUCAUUCCUACCACUACACCCCCUUCCCCGAGCGAACAGCCAAUUCAGUGCAUGCUCCAUCCCAAGGGGCAGACAGUUCCUUCGUGGUUUGGCUCUGCGACCGACAGCAUAAAAGCGCUCGGCGUUCUCCAUAUCUGUACUGUCUUUGACAUCGAACCCUUGGCGUAUGCCGAGCUCAUCGCGAGCACCAAGAGGACCCCAUCGCCGUCUACAUCCCUGCUCCAUUCGCUCGCAGAUAUCGUCGGUAGUCUUCCCUCCCUAACCGAGAUAUCGUGGGUCCCGCACUUGACCGAACUCUCUGAGUCGAGCGAUAGAGACGAUGGACACCAUUACCUGGAGAAGACGUUAGCCGACAUCGAGAAGGAAAUUCGCGAGGACUUUGGGAUAUCUGUUGGUGUUUACAGAGUUUUGGAGGACGAGUUGCGUGAUGGGAAGCGUGUCGUGGCUUGCUUAGGCCUAGACGUGCGGUUCGGCGGUAACGCGUCUUCUGAACGUUGAGUGGGACACCUCUGCCUCGUCUUCGUCGCUACCAUAUAGCUCUGCCCUGUGUCUCGCGUAUGCCCGUCUUGGAGUUUGAAAUGUACUAGUAUAUCUGUUUGCCCAUUGAAUCUAC